UUGUUAAAUUUAAACUUUUGCAGGAAAUGUAAAUACAAAUUAGGUGAAGCAAUUCCUUCAACAGCUGUUAUUCAUACUUUGUCACUUGAAAUCGUUGGCAGUUGGUCAGAACUUGCUUCAGUGAUUUUGCCGGUAUUGUAUUAUGUUGGCCCAAUGAUAGCUUAUCGGCCGAAAGCGGUUGUAAAACUGGUUCGUUUAAUGGCAGUAUUUUUCGAAGAAAAGACGAGGGAUCCAGAUUUGAUCAAAUUGACUCAUUCAGACGCUAUCUCAAAUGCAUUUAUUGACGCGGCAGAUGAAGUUUUAAUACCAUCACUCUCACUAAGCGGUGGUAAUUGUGCGUUGUCCGAAGAACUGUGGAAUUUGGUUUCUCAUUUUUCUUACGUUAUUCGUUAUCGGAUGUAUUCGCGAUGGAAAACGGUUCAUACCUCGAGACAUCCUCAAAUCAAUAUUUGUAGAGGGAAAACUUUUGGCAUGACGCGUUAUGUUGUAAAAAGGUUAUCGAAGGAAACUGUACGAAUGAUGGGUAGACAACUGGGAAAAUUGUGUCAUAUGCAUCCAGCUGUUGUAUUCGAUUAUAUUCUUGAUCAGAUUCAAACAUUUGAAAACUUGAUUGAACCUGUUGUUGAAUCUAUUCGUUUCCUAAGUAAUCUUGAAUACGAUAUUCUUUCAUUCUGUUUAAUCGAACAUCUGGCUUCUCCUGAUAAACAACAGUUAAAGGCUUCUGAUGGGACUCUGUCACCAUGGCUUCAGUCCCUUGCCACUUUUAUUGGCAAUGUUUUCAUGAGAUACAAUAUGGAAUUGACAGGUGUGCUUCAAUAUGUGGCUAAUCAGUUGAAAAAUGGAAAAAGUUUUGAUUUGCUCGUUCUUCGUGAAAUUAUUCAGAACAUGUCAGGAAUCGAAUCUACCACAGGUUUGACUAAUGAUCAGAUAGAAGCGUUAGCUGGAGGCGAGACUCUUCGGCAAGAGGCUGGUUCAUUCUCAGUGGUUCGUUCUAAUAAACGUGCGACAAUUCGUCUACGAGAAGCUCUUUUUAGAGAACAUUUGAUUGUUGGACUUUCUAUCUUAACGGCUCAACAACGCCAGUGCAUUGUUUACGAAGAAUCCAGCGAUAUACCUCUAAAACUUGCUGGACAGAUGCUUGAUCAGUGUCAGGAGACGAUGGUGCAGUUUGGAUCAUUUUUGAGGUCAAGUAUUCGCCAAGAAGAUUAUUGUAGUAGAAUGCCUAGCGCCCCAGAAUUAAUCGAAAAAUAUCAUUUGAGCAUCGAUGCAGCAUUUUUCUUAUCUCGUUCGACGCGUUAUUCGAUAAAAAUCGAAGAGCAUUACGUGAUGCUGAUGGAUCUAAAACAAAAUUGGAUUCUGCUCUUCGAAAUAUUUAGUGAAGCUUUUCAUGAAGUAAUAGCAGAUUUAGAAAUAAAACUCAAGUUGUUAAUACCUGAUCACCUAUGGAACGACAUCUCUACAAAGAUUUUCGUUUUAUUUUGGAUGCUUACAAUGUAUGAUAUUAACACACCAAAGGCUGCAUAUGAAAGAGAAUUACAACGGUCACGACGUGCCAUUAAUGCAGUUUCUGAAGCUGCUGAAAUGAGUAAAACGAAGCGAGCAAAGGAAGAAGAGCAAUUGAAGAACCUAGAGAAGAAACUUAAUGACGAACUUAGAAAGCAAUUUGAUCAUGUCGAUCGCAUUCUUACAAUAUUUCGUAACGAUAAAGAAUUGCUUUUCGCUGAUUGUACUCCAAAAUCACGUGGUGCUCAAAUGGCUCGCUUUCUGCAAAGUUGCAUUAUUCCACGUGCAAUAUUUACCGACUUUGAUGCAACAUAUUGCGCUCGUUUCGUGCAUCUUUUGCAUCAACAACGCACUGGAUUCUUUCAGACUGUUUUCUUUUUCGAUAAGUUAUUCAAUGAUAUAGGCAUUAUUUUGGCAACACUUUCUGAAAAUGAAGCCAAUUGCUUUGGACGUUUUGUUUCAUUGAUUCUCGAAACUGUACAGAAAUGGCAUUCUGAUCGAUCAAUUUUUGAUAAAGAAUGUUAUCGAUUUCCUGGUUUCAUGACUAAGCUUCACGUUAGAAAUGCGGAAAAUACUGGCGAUUCAUCCAAUGAUGGCAUGAGCUAUGAAUCUUACAGAACACUUUGCCAUAAAUGGCAAUAUCGAAUGACACGUUCAUGCAUCGGUAUUCUUGAUGGUAGCGGAUAUAUUCUGUUGAGAAAUUGUCUUAUUGUUAUGAUUAAGGUACUCCCGUAUUUUCCUUUAAUAGAAAAUCAUAUCACUACUAUUGAAAAAAGUGUGGUCAAAGUACGUGAUGCAGAGAAAGGAUCUCGCGAUGAUAUUUCUUUAAUGGCGGCUUCGUAUCUGGGCCACUUAAAAAUGCGAAAAACUCAAGUUUUUACUGAAGCUCAAUUCCAUAAUCGAUUGGAGCCCGUCAAAAAGCCAAAUCGUGCUGUUCCCAAGCCUUCUGAUACAAAGAAGUCAGUCCUCAAAGGAAGUGAAGUUCAUUUGAAUGAAAAUGCGCAAAAUAAUAUAAAAUCAGAUGAAGCUACUAUUUUUGAUGUCAAAAAAGAAAUUUACAUUAAUGUUGAUACGAGAAAGCGUGCUGUCGAUUCUUCGGAUUCACCUUUGAAAAAAAAGCAAAAAGGCGAAGUGGAAACAAGUCCACAGUCUUUACCAAGAUCUGUAAGACAUUUUCAUAUCUUGCUAAUUUCCGAUAAUAAUUCCGAUGCAAAAUUGCAUUAUGAACUUGAAUUAAAGGGAAAAAAAUGA